AAACAUUUACUAGAAGCCAAUUACUCACUCUUCUACUUCCAAAUUCCCAUGACAACGUGAAUAUUAGCUGACCCAACAAGAAAUUUUGCUCACAUUUUCCUCGUUAGCUAACACCUUAGCUUCGUUUCUUCUUCGUCUUGGUCUCAAUCUUCAGCUUCCUUUCGUAAGUUAGCUCUAAUGGCUUCCUUCUCUGUUGGGACCCAUUUGUCCCCGUCAUACCAUUUCAAAAACAGUUCACUUAGCUCUCAAUCUCCCCCCUCUUUCCUUCAAACACAAUCCUCAUUUCUGUCUAAGCCUUGCUUUGGUUCAUCUGUGCCCGGAAUAAGAGCCCCUAGGUUGCUUGGCAAUGGCGUGCUGGCUCGAGCAGAAGAUAAGGCCAAGAGUUCUUCUCAGGCUUGGCAGCAGCAACUUCAAUCCAACUCCCAGAAACAGUUCCAGGAGUCCUCUGGAUCAUGUGAUCCUUUAUGUUCAGUUGAUGAAACAAGCUCAAGUGAGUUUGAAGCGAAUUACCAGCCAAAAACUGAUUUGCUGAAAGCUCUUGCAAUAUUUGCAGCUGCUGCAACAGGGACUUUGGCAAUUAACCAUUCUUGGGUUGCAGCCAAUCAGGAUGUUGCAAUGGCAUUGCUCUUUGGAAUAGGUUAUGCAGGCAUCAUUUUUGAAGAAUCUCUAGCCUUCAAUAAAAGUGGAGUAGGAUUACUAAUGGCUGUGAGCUUGUGGGUAGUGCGAAGUAUUGGGGCUCCCUCAACUGAUAUAGCUGUUCAAGAGCUAACACAUGCGUCUGCAGAAGUCAGUCAGAUAGUGUUUUUCUUGCUUGGUGCAAUGACCAUUGUAGAGAUAGUUGAUGCACAUCAAGGAUUUAAGCUGGUUACAGACAAUAUAACAACUCGAAAACCGCGGACCCUCCUCUGGGUGAUUGGUUUUGUGACUUUUUUCCUUAGUUCGGUCCUAGACAACCUGACAUCUACCAUUGUCAUGGUUUCUUUACUGCGGAAACUAGUGCCUCCAUCAGAAUACCGCAAGCUUUUGGGCGCUGUGGUUGUUAUAGCUGCAAAUGCAGGUGGUGCAUGGACUCCCAUUGGUGAUGUCACCACUACUAUGCUAUGGAUACAUGGUCAGAUAUCAACAUUGGAGACAAUGAAGAACUUGGCAAUACCUUCAGCAAUUUCUCUAGCUGUUCCACUGGCUUUAAUGUCGUUGACUAGUGAAGUAAAUGGAAGAGCACAGGAUACUCCCAAUGUUUUGGCAUCUGAACAGGUGGCUCCUCGCGGACAGCUUGUUUUUUCUGUAGGCAUUGGAGCUUUAAUUUUUGUUCCGGUGUUCAAGUCCCUAACUGGUUUGCCUCCUUUUAUGGGUAUCCUGCUUGGACUUGGAGUUCUUUGGAUUCUUACUGAUGCUAUCCAUUAUGGUGAAUCUGAAAGGCAAAAGUUAAAAGUACCGCAAGCCUUGUCACGGAUUGACACUCAAGGAGCACUUUUCUUCCUUGGAAUCCUUUUAUCAGUUAGCAGCUUGGAGUCAGCUGGGAUUCUUCGGGAAUUGGCAAAUUACCUGGAUGCUCAUAUUCCAAAUGUUGAACUAAUUGCCAGUGCAAUAGGGGUUGUAUCAGCAGUCAUAGACAAUGUUCCACUAGUUGCUGCAACUAUGGGAAUGUAUGAUUUAACCUCCUUCCCCCUAGAUUCUGAAUUUUGGCAGCUGAUUGCAUUUUGUGCCGGUACCGGUGGAUCUAUGCUUGUUAUUGGCUCUGCAGCCGGGGUUGCUUAUAUGGGGAUGGAAAAGGUGGAUUUCUUCUGGUACUUGCGGAAGGUGAGCGGUUUUGCUUUUGCAGGUUAUGCUGCUGGUAUUGCUGCCUAUUUGACAAUUCAUAACCUCCAGCUUUCCCUACCAACAACUGUGGCUCAGGUUCCUUUCCUUUCUGGGUUCGUACAUUGAAAGGUCUCAGCCUUGGUUGUUUUACUGGCUUCAAAGACUGGUACUUCGGAGCAAGUAGCGCACUAAAUUGGGCUGUUGAAGAUUUCAGAUGCAGAUGUUAAUUAACAGAGUCAUGCUUCUUCCAAGAAAGCAUAUUAUUGUAAUAAAUUUCUACUUUAAAAAAAAUACUAAUAAAAAACCCAGGUAUUUUAAAUUCAAGGAGAGGUGUAUUAUUGAUUGUAGCCCCAGACAUCUAUUCGUCAACAGGAACAAAUGUGGGUACUGAGGGACGUGUAUCCAUAGAAUGAGAGGUUUUUAAAUAAGUAUUUCAUGUCUAAUUUUGUUUUC